ACACUAGUAUCAGGAACACUCUGCCGUUUGCAACCUGCUGGUCGCCCUCUGUCGCACUCUCUCAGCCAACGCGAGCGACAGCGAAGACACCCGGAAGGCGCUGACACCUCAAGCGGCGAGAGCAGGCUACCAUGAACCGCUUUAAGACUUCCAAAUUCAAAAACACCACUCCAAAAAUCGCCAAGAAGGAUGGAUGGAUCAACGGCGUACGUGGUGGCGGACCCUUCCCCUGCCAGGGAAAGCGCAUCAGGGCGAGUGCCGAGCUGGUGGCCUUCAACACGGACCAGGCCGGAGGCGGUGUGCUGGGCCUGACGUCUGCCAAGCCUGCUGCGGACGGACAAUGGCGCGUCACCCACAUCUCCUGUCAUUCGGAUCUGGUGACCGACUUGGACUUUUCUCCAUUUGACGAGCGUCUUCUGGCAACGUGCUCCGCGGAUGAAACGGUGAAACUGUGGCGUUUGUGCGAUCCGGAGCUGCAGCAGCCUCCGGAACCCGAGCUGACUCUGGGUACCGGGCAAGGACGGCCCGACCUGCUGCUUUUCCACCCAACCUCUUCCAGGCUGCUGGCUGUCGGCGCCGCCAAGCGCCUGCUCCUUUGGGACACGGACCGCCGGCAAGCGCCACUCGCAGUUUUGGAGGAGCAUGCUGAGCAACUGCAGAGUCUGAGCUGGAAAAUGGACGGGUCCCUGCUGGCUUCCACAUGCAAGGACAAGAUACUACGAGUGUUUGACCCAAGAGCCCAGCUGAAAGCAGUUCAGAGCGCCGCCUGCCUUCAGAGCCACAAAGAUUCUCGCAUGUUGUGGGCCCAGGAUGACUUUCUGCUGACUACGGGCUUUGAUAAGAUGCGCAACCGAGAGGUGAGGCUUUGGGACGGCAGGAACUUGACUUCUUCUGUGAGGUCUCAGACCUUCGGUGCUUCUGGCGGAACGCUCAUUCCUCUCCUUGAUGCAGACACAAGUUUGCUGGUGCUGGCUGGCAUGGGCGACACAGCGGCGGACUGCUUGGAGUUAUCCACCUCGGAGCCCUUCCUCUCGCAAGUGAGCCACUGCGUAAGUGACCUGGCAACCCGCGGCGUGACUGCAGUGCCCAAGCUGGCGCUGGACGUCUUGUCUUGCGAAGUAAUGCGAGUGCUCCAGCUGACGGACAGCUGCAUCGUUCCCAUCAGCUACCAAGUCCCCCGGAAGAAUUGCGGCCACGACUUCCACGCCGACCUCUACCCCGACACGGCGGGCGUCAGUCCAGCCAUGACUGCGGCAGAGUGGUGGCGGGGGGGAAACAAGCAGGUCGACAAAGUCAGCCUCCAUCCGGACGAGCGGCCCAGGAAGCAUGGUGGCAGCGGUGAGCGCAAGGACGCGGUCGGCGGGCCUCCGGCCUUCAAUGAGCCUCCUGCCUCCAGUGGGCCUCCUGCCUCCGGCGAGAGGCCUGCUCCUCCUCUGAGCACCCCCGACGGCAGCGCGGCCGACUCUUUCUACCCCUCGUCCACCUCGGACUUCGUCCCCUCACCGAGUCCAGGCCAGGCGGCCAAGGCCUUCCACAACUUUCUCGGACCGAGCUCCAAGUUUCGACACAUCCAGGGCGCGGUGCUGCACCGUGACACGCACAUCACCAACGUACGCAACCUCAACCUGACCACACCGGGCGAGUGCGACGAAUUCUGCGUCAAUCACCAGCGUGUGGCCGUGCCCCUCGCCACGUCCGGCGGUCAGAUUGCAGUCUUUGAGCGCUCCCGACCGGGCAAGUUGCCGGACGCCGCUUUGCCCACUAUCCAGAACUCGGUCAAUGUGGCGGACCUUUGCUGGGACCCCUUUGACACGCAUCGACUCGCUGUGGCUGGCGAGGAUUCCAAAAUCCGAGUGUGGCGGGUACCGGAGCGUGGCCCCCAAGAGACGCUAACCGAGCCCGAAUUGGUCCUGCGAGGCCACACGGAGAAAAUCUACUCCAUCAAGUUCCACCCUUUGGCCAACGACCUCCUGGCGUCCUCGUCUUACGACCUCACCGUGCGACUGUGGAACCUGCGAGAAGGCCGGCAGGUGCAGCUGCUCACCGGACACCGAGAUCAGGUGUUCUGCAUGGCUUGGAGCCCCGAUGGCAAGCUGCUGUCCACUGUCUGCAAAGAUGGUAAAAUUCGCAUCUACGACCCACGCAAGUCGGACGCGCCCUUGCAGGAAGGUCCAGGGCCUGAGGGCCACAGAGGCGCUCGUGUGCUGUGGGUGUGUGAGGGCCGGCACCUGCUGGUGUCUGGAUUUAACAGCCGCAGCGAGCGAGGCCUCUACCUGUACUCAGUCGCCUCGCUAUGCUCCGGAGCGGUGGUCAGCGUCUGCGUGGACGUCUCGCCCUCCACGCUCAUCCCCUUCUACGACCCGGACACCAGGCUGCUUUUCCUCAGUGGGAAGGGGGACACCCGGGUGCGCAUUUACCAGCUGCUCCCCGAGGAGCCCUACUUUGUGGAGUGCACCGCAUUUAACAGUGCCGAGCCACACAAGGGCUUGGCCUUCCUCCCCAAGAGCGAAUGUAACGUGCGCGAGGUGGAGAUAGCCGCGGCCCUGAUGCUCACCAAGACCACCGUGGAACCAGUGGUCUUCAAGGUGCCCAGAGUCAGGAAAGAGUUUUUCCAGGACGACUUGUACCCAGACACGCCAGCGUGCUGGGAGCCGGCGCUGAGCGCCUCAGCCUGGCUCAGCGGCUCCGACGGCCGGCACAGGAAGAUCAGCAUGCGGCCCGCUGACAUGACACCAGUCAGCCAAGCCCCCAAAGAGGCCCCGGCGAGGAAGCAUAUGCCCUCGUCCUUCUACCUGGAGCAGAAGAGUGACGAGCAGAAGAAAGAGGAGCUCCUGGUGGCCAUGGUGGCCAAGCUGGAAAACAUGGAUGAGCCCUUGCCACAGGACUCCUUUCAGGGGGUCGACGACGACGAGUGGGAUGAUUAAAAACGCUCGGAGCCACGACAGAGGACUCUCAAGUACGCUCUCUGCCCUCCGGCGUCACGCCAACAAAUCUGGCCGAUGGUUUUUGUGUCCAUCCUUUGAAAUGUUAAUAUUUCUUUCUUCACUGUAUGUUACCAGUUGUUAGCUGGAAGUUUGAAUGUGUCUCGGCCUGGUGCAGUGGUGUCUCAGAGGUUGGGGGUUCGAUUCCCCGGCUGUUGUGUCCUUCAGCAACAUGCUGUAGCCCCACUCACUCGUGAUGCUGCAUCAUCAUGAGGAAGUCGGUAGGAAGCACUCGACAAGGGGCAGACCAUUUACCAUGGAAACAUUUGGGACUUCAUCUGGCUUUUGGGUCGCUUUGACUCAAGUAAAAAAUGAUCUUCAAAAGAAAAAUGUCACAACGAGAAGUCCAGUUGCAAAUUUCAGUUGGUGUCGUUUGCAUCAUGGGUCUUUUCAGCGAAUAUAUAUGUAUAAACAAAGAUCAUGAUUAUUGUCAUCACCUGUUAUCUUGUAAAAGCUUUCUGUGUCUUGGAUAAAAUACUUGUGAGCCAAUUCAGUCUUCUUACAAAAGAUACAACAGGGUCACAUCUAUUUCGCCAUGAACUGCAUUUUUGUACUAAUUUUGCUGCUCUCCUUUCCACUUGUAUUUCUACUAGUUAUAUUUGAAUAUUGUCUACACAGAGGGAUAUUUGUAUACGGUAAUUUGGCUUUUUGUAAGGCCUUUUUAAAGAAUGCUUCCUCCAAAUGUUUUGCUGUUUCCAACUGUCUCUUAAAACCACAUCACAGUGUUAGUCAAAAAGUACAAUUCAGUCAUAACAGACAGAGUGAGUGUCAUUUCCAAUCAACUGGAUCAGCAUUUGUUUGCAAUCUCCGAUGGAUGCACGCAAACUUCCGUUCUCGGUGUUGCUGCAAUGAUAUACUGGCAUUGCUUGUUCUUCUACUCAGGAGCCACGCUUUGUAAUUUACUACUAUGGAAUCUGGCAUCAUUUUUUCAUACAGCGGAGGGCAUUUUAUGGUUAUACGGUUCAUGUUUGGCUUUUGUCAAUAUAGUCUUAACAUUAAAGUGCACUUUGAUUCUA